AGCUUAAGAUCAUGGCCAUGCGUACUAAAUGACAUAUUUGUAGCAGACAACUUGACAACACAUUCAACAAGAAAAUUGAAGAUUUCAAGUUAAAUUUAACUGUAUUUUCACUGCUAAUCAAUUAUGUUUGAUCUAGCAUUAUCAGAGGCUGGCGCCCAAAUUAUUUUGGCAACUUCAAGUGAUGAUAAAUAUCCGCCAGAGAACAUGAUUGACGGAAAAGAUGACACAUUUUGGACAACAUGUGGUCUGUAUCCUCAAGAAUUUAUCAUCAAAUUUACAUCUUUAGUUAGCAUCAAUACAAUACAAAUUGCAUGUUAUAAUGUGAAGAAAUUAAAACUGGAAGUAAGCUCUGAUGACAAUCAGGCAUUUAAAACAUUAACAGAAAAAGAAUUACAACCAUCGGAUUCUGCACCUCAAUCAGAAGAAAUACCAGGAAAAAAUGUAAAAGCCAUGAAUCUGCGAGUUGUUAUAGAAUCAGGAUAUGAUCAUUUCUGUGCUGUUUAUAAAAUCUGUGUCCAUGGCAACGCGGAACGUUUAUAGUUGAUAAUUCAUCGGAACAUUUUUUAGAACACUGUGAUAUAAUCAUGUUAAAGUUGCUGGUCCUCAUCCUGGUCUAAACAUUUUUUUUUAGACCAUAACAAAUUUUUUUGAAACGUCUUCAUCCAGGCUAAUACAACCUGAUUAAAAAACAGAUCCUUUUUCGUUUCGUUUUUUAUAGUUCAAAAUUUCAUUUUACUUGUUUUUACUACACUUGGAUCUGGAAGAGUUGUUAUAUUACCAGCGUGAGGGAUAAGCCAAUGAAACAGUCUGUUACGGUGACUUCUUGGAGCGCCAUGCACGGAACUGUGGUUAAACCACUAGAAACGCCAACGCUGAUUGAUUAAUCAAAAGCAGCUCGUACGACCCCUGACACGACCUUCGAAUACAACUUGUCAGAUCUUCAUGUAGUGUAGACCAUCGAAAGUAUAAAAAACGAAACAAAAUAUAGAUCUGUAUUUUUUAAUCAGAUUGAGACUAAUAUGUACUCAAAUUGAUUAAUUAACAGUUCAUCAAGAAAACAAAACUAUAUAUUAACGGUCGAUAAUCUCCAGACAUGAAUUAAACCAGAUUAAAAAGUGGGCCAUCAAAAGAUUUAACCAACAUUUUCAGGUGGCACUAGUGUUGCACAAUUUUAAUUCAUCAUAUCUUCAUAAAGGAAGUGAACUAUUUUGGGACAGAUUUAGAGAUUUUACUUUUACAAUAUUAUAGUUUGCAUCAAAUGACAGCUUUAACUCAUUUUACAUUCCAUAUAAUGUUUUCAUAGAAGCAAUUAGUCCACAAAUUCUGACAAAUGUUGAUAGUAGUUGGUUGGAACAAUUCAACCAUCAAUCUGAGAAGAAAACCUUCUGAUCACCACAGGCAAACGGGGCACCUGUAUAUAUUCAGUAGUCACAAAGAUCUUCUUUUCUUAAUAAGUAGGGAAGGUCUUAUUUUUCAGGUGUUUGGAGUGGUUGGACAAUUCCACAUUAAAUUUGCAAAUUAGUCACAAGGGGUAGAUAACCCUAACAUUAAGCCAGAAUUUCUGAUGCGGUACAUGAAUAUUGUGUAUGGAAAAGACCUUCCCCAACAUGCCUGAUCUCCUCAACCUGCCUGAACUUCUCGAACCUGUUCGAUUUUCUCCCUAACGCUCCUGAUUCUUUGAAGAGUAGGAUAUGUGUUUAUUAAUGGCAGUAUGCCCUUCAAAAUAAACCCUUUAUUGUAAACAUUUUCCGUCCAAGAUAUAAUGUUUACCUUAAAGAUGCAUUAUGUAAGAGCUAAUCUGCCUAUUGCAGGCCUUUCUUUUGUUUUGAAAUGUUACAUAAAUGAUACUUGACAAUCAAGACUAAAUUGUUACUACUUAAAAAAAACCCACUUAAAACUGCACUCAGAAUAAAGUUUCACUGAAAAUUUCAAUAUAUUCUUUUUUCAUUAUCUAUAUAUGAACUGUUAUAGAAAGAACGGUCAGCUCUUUAUCUAAAUCUUACAUAUUGCAUCUUUAAUGGUAAAAUAUUAAUGUGUCAAUGGUUGUACAUUUAUUUAUAUUUAUGUAACCAGGGAGUUAUUAUUAAUAUUCCCAGAUUGUUCAAAAUUAAACAAUAUACACAUA